GAGUCCUAACCACUCCCAAAGGAAAGAGAAAAGAAAAAGGAGUAGGCAUGGCUUCCAACCCAUCACAGCCCUUUAAACCCUCAGCCUCCAAACUCCCAAUCAAGCGCAAAGCCCCUCAACACGAAUUCCAACCCAUCAUCCUCCCCAAACCCCACACCCCUCCUUUCAAAUUCCAGCGAAUCUGGUCUGAGCCCGACGAGAUCCGUUUCCUCCAAUCCCUCCUCCGAUCCCCUUCCCUCUCUUUCCCCAAAGACCUCCCUUUUUUCUACUCUUCCUUCUCCCACUCCAUGUCCCAUCCUUACACCAAAUCCCAGCUCUCCGAAAAGCUUAGAAGACUCCGGAAGAAGUUCAGGGUCGUCUCCUCUAGGCUUGCACGAGGGUUGAACCCUUCUUCUCUCUCCCUUCAUGAUCGGGCUUUGUUUGAUCUUUCACGAAGGCUUUGGGGUCCUGAGUUCGCUUCCACUUCCCCUUUCGGUAACAACUCUCCCGGGUUUUCGCAGGAUCAUGAAAUCAAUAGCGUUCCUGGGAAUGUGCUUGAUGAAGGUGGCGUGAAUGGUAAUAAGUUUGAUGGCGAGGCAAUUGAUGGGGUCUUGGGAAAAAGCGUGAUGAAUGCGUUUGAUGAGUGUUUCAAUGAGGCUCGGAUGAUCUUCGUGAAGCAGGGUGUGAUUUGCUUCGAUACGACGGAGAAGAAGUGGAAGGAGCAAAGGGUCUCGGAAUUUGAUGCGUUGGGGAGUCGCUUGAGGUUGGUUAUAGAGGAUUCUCUGAAUAGGCGAUGAGUAUUUCUUCUAAAACUGGUGGAAUAUUGUUCAUCAGUUGAGAUGAUGAAGUUUGUAUAUUCCGGCCCUUUUGUUGAUAAGUUCUCAGUUUGGUCUACACUAUAUGUUUUCUAUGUUCUUUCAUAUUGC